CUGCAAACGCCCGCUAUGGAGUAGCGGCAGCAGCAGCAGCGGCGGAGGCGGCAACCACCAGCGGCUCACUCAUCCUCACGGAAACAACGCAUCCACACGCCCGAUACGUGAUGCGUGGGCCUCUAAGAGCCCGCGACAUCCACACAACAACACAAACAACGAUACAACGAGCAGGCGCGGGAGAAGAAACACAUCAGCGAUGAAGGCCCCAUGUCCGCGGGGCCUACGGGCUUUCCUGAGCAGCCUGGCCGGGUUCGCGCUCGGAUUCUCGGCAGCCACUUGGCUCUUCUCGCCCUGGGCAGCGCAGCGAGCCGGCAGUGGCGGCAGUGGCGUCGUUCCCACCGGGGUUCACUGCUGGUGGCAGGGCGGCUUCGGGCGAGGGGGAGCUCUACUGAUGGGCGCCGGGAGAAGCGGUGCGUCGUCAUUCUCGUUUGCAUUCUCUUUCCCAUUCGCGUCGUCCUCGGCCUCCCGGGAGGAGACGGAGUGGGGAGGAGUGCGGACCCGCAGCUUCGUCUACGUCGGGGUCAUCACGGCGCACAAGUACCUGUCCACUCGCGCCUGGGCCGCCUAUCGAACUUGGGCCCCCACUGUGCCCGGCCGCGUUGACUUCUUCACCAGCGAUGGAUCCAGCACCGAGCUGCCGCUGCCGCUGGUGGCGCUGCCCGGCGUGGACGACGUCUACCCGCCGCAGAAGAAGUCGUUCAUGAUGCUGAAGUACAUGCACGACCACUACCUGGACCAAUUCGAGUGGUUUGUUCGCGCCGACGACGACGCCUACAUUCGCGGGGAUCGCCUCGAGCAGUUCCUGCGCCGCCUCAACAGCAGCGAGCCGCACUACCUGGGCCAGACGGGGCUGGGCACCACCGAGGAGCUGGGCAAGCUGGCGCUGGAGCCCGGCGAGAACUUCUGCAUGGGUGGCCCGGGAAUGGUGUUCAGCCGGGAGGCGCUUAGGAGGCUGGCGCCCAACGUGGGGCCGUGCCUGCGCGAGAUGCACACGGGGCACGAGGACGUGGAGGUGGGGCGGUGCGUGCGGAGGUUCGCCGACACGCAGUGCGUGUGGUCCUAUGAGAUGCAGCAGCUGUUCUACGAGCACUACGAACGCAACAAGCGCGGCUACAUCCAAGAUCUGCCGGCGAGCAAACUGCACCGCGCCAUCACUCUGCACCCCAACAAGCGCCCCGCGUACCAGUACCGCCUGCACUCGCUGCUGCUCGCUUCACGUGCCCAAGAGCUGCGCCACAAGACCAUCGAGCUGCACCGGCAGAUCCUGCAGACUGCGACGGAGGCUCAGCAGCUGCUCGAUAACGGCGGCGACGACGAAGCCAGCACCGCCUUGGACGUGUCGUCAGAGGACCGGCGCCUUGGCGCCUCGCCCUCCUUCAUGCGCUUCCACCCGCGCGACCGCCAGCACGUGCUCGAGUGGGACUUCUUCACCGGCACGCACCUCUGGUCGGCGCGCGCCGGCGCCCAGGGCCCCCGCCAAGCCCUGAGCGGCGGCGCCCUCCGCUCGGCGCUUGACGGCACCAUCGUGGCCCAGCUCAUGGAAAUGAUCGACGCCCGCGCUAGGGCGCGCCGGCGAGCCAUCGAUUUCCGCGAGAUCCUGUACGGCUACGCGCGCGUCAACCCGCUGCACGGCGCCGACUACGUGCUGGACGUCCUCAUGACGUACCGCCGCAGCGAGGGCAAGCGCGCCGCCGUGCCGGUGCGCCGCCACGCCUACCUGCAGCAGACGUUCGGCCGCGCCGAAUUCGCCGAGGAGCGCGAGAUGCAAGCCGCCGAGUUCGCCGCGGCCGUGGACGCUAGCGCCGCCGCCGCAGCUGCCGCCGCUUCGGCCGACGGCGGCGGUAUCGCCGGCGGUAAUGCCGGCGACGGUUCGUUGCUCGCGGUGAAGCUAUCGAACUCGCUCGGGCUCUUCGCGCCGUUCGGCCGCACCCCCGUUGAGGCGGUGCUGGCGGCCGCCGGGCCCAGCCGGGAGAGGAUCCACAUGCUGGUGCCGCUGGCCGGGCGGUACAAGGCGUUUGUCAGGUUCAUGGAGAACUUUGAGCGCGUGUGCCUGGCUCGCCCGCAGAACAUUAAGCUGGUGCUGCUGCUGUUUCGCCCUUCGAGCGACGACGGCGGCGGUGGCGGCGGCGACGGGGACGCGGUGGGAAGACCCGAGGCAUUGGUAGAGGAGUACCGCCGGCGCUACCCGAAGGUGGAGAUAGAGGUGCUGAGCGUGACCGGGCCUUUUUCGCGAGGCCUGGCUCUGGAGGUGGGGUCGUCGCAGUUUCCCGGCGAUGCCCUCCUCUUCUUCUGCGACGUUGACCUGGCCUUCACAGCCGACGCCCUGCAGCGCUGCCGGGACAACGCCGGUCGCGUCGAUCCCACCACCGGCAGCGCCAACGACGACGGGAGGGUUGGCCAAGUCUACUUCCCAGUCAUCUUCAGCCAGUAUGAUCCGCGCAUCGUCCACUCUGGGGGCGGCCGCUCGCCCACGAGCGACGACGGCGACGGUCGCCACGACGACGACGACCCCUUCGACUUCUCCGAUCGCGCCGGAAUGUGGCGCGCGUUCGGCUACGGCAUCGCCUGCCUGCAUCGCGCCGACCUGGCCCGUGCCGGCGGUUUCGACACAUCGAUUACGGGCUGGGGACUCGAGGACGUCGACUUGUUCGGCAAGGUGGUGGCGGCUCGUGCCGGCGGCGGUGCCGGUGGCGGGCUAGCCGUGUUCCGCAGCCCGGACCCCGGCGUGGCUCACCUCCACCACGAGGUGCGGUGCGACCCGGCGUUGGAGCCGAGGCAGCUGCGCAUGUGCCGCAACUCGAAGGCGUCGACGUUGGGAUCGGCGAGGCAGCUGGCGCACACGUGGCUGGCGCACGCCGAAGCCGCCGCCGUGGCCGCCGCUGGGGAAGACGAAGGAGGGGGACGGGGGCCGGGGAGGUUGGGCCCGACGGCCACCGACGUUGUUGGCGGCGGCGACGGUGCCGCGAGUCGGUAACCGCAAGCGCCGGCGCGUCAAAUCGAUUUCCUCGGCGGCGCCAUCGACGUACAACAGAUGGGCGCGUGCUGGUAGGGGGUGGGAGUGGGGGGUGAGCAAUGGCGGCGCCGUUGGAUUUCAACGGAGUUAGGCCAAACAUCCCAAAGUUGCAGGACACUCAUGAAGACUUGAGACUCGGCCAGGCUUUACUGGUAAAUAGUUGAUAUUAUAAUUACACUGUAAAAAUUAAUACACAUGAAAGUUUUCCUGGGCCCAUAUAUAUAUUUUUUUUAUCAAUUUGGGUCGGACUAUUUAUAUUUCAUAGUGACGCAGUUUCAACGCGCCUGUGCCGAUGUUCUGUGGCGCACUCAUUUCAUUAAAACCACAUCGGCGAGAGGUCAGAACGCGGGGAUAGCACCAGAGAUUCCUGAACGCAAAUGCAGAUUUCAGCUGCCUGUUCUUUUAAGGCAGGUUUCUCAAGUGUAGCGAGCUUAUCGCCCUCAGCCUGAUCAUCAGCGACUCGCAGAGACCCUUAAUCUGGCUAAAUUUCAGCUCUGAGAUUUAAAAAAAUAUCUGUUCGACCAUCAUGCAACGAACAUUAAUAGGGGUUUUCCCCUUUUUUCUGGCAAAAAAACUGACACCUUUUGCAAGGAAUCAUGCUUACAUUAACCACAAUACUUGCAGUCAAAUGCAAACAAAAAACAAUACUCUGAUAAUUUAUGCAUUGUCUUUGAAACUGAUUGGUCCACACCAGACAGCUUUCUUUAGAGCCUAGUCUCAUAUGAUUUGACUGCAAGUAUUGUAGUUAAUGUAAGCAUGAUUCCUUGCAAAAGGUGUCAGUUUUGUUGCCAGAAAAAAGGGGAAAAACCCUAUUAGUAUAUUUUGGUACUGGCAAAGGAGGUCCCAUGAUGAACAUUACUCCGUGGCAGGACAGGUGGGAAAGUGCUGCCGCUUAACGUGUGCACUUUUAAGGGAUCUCAGAAGUCGUUUCGAUAUCUGCAUCUGCGACUGAAUAGAUUAUAUCACUGCGUAACAAAAAUGAUUUUUUUUUGUUCCUGGGUAGUGCUACUUUCUAAUUGCUUAUGCCUCAAAAGUACAGAAAAUGGCUAUUAUUGCCCACAAACUUUGCUUUUGUGACCAGGACAGUGAUAUUUGAAAUUUACCUAUUUUCAAUGAAAAAUCGUGUGCAUUUGUGUAAUUCCUUCACAUAAAGUCCUGGUAACAAAAGCUAAGUUUUCUAUACUUUUGAAGCAAAAACAAAUAACACUUACUACCCAGGAACAAAAAUCGUGUUACAUAGCGAAUUAUUGGGCUGAUGACUUGACACCAAAAGCACAAUUUGGAUAAAAUUGACAAACAAAUGAAGAAUAUAAGCUCCAAAAUUACUUGUUCGUGGACGUUUCAUCGGUAAUUACGCCGAGCCAAAAUACAAAACCAAAAGCUGAACUUUGUGCAUUGAACUGAAUGAAGUACAUUUCAUUUCUUUAACUUUUAAGUUAACUGCCUGUCGCUUGCGUACCGUGUUUUUUUUUUAUACAUUUGCACAUUUAUGUUAAUUGUAGCGUUAAAAGCAUUAUUUUCAUACACGUAAGAUGUGUAACAAUUCAUCGACUCAUCGAUAACUAUCAAUUAAUAAAAAUAAAAACAAUAAAAACCACGACGUUUCGAAGGCAACACAAGCUUCCGUCUUCAGGUUUUCGCCUGAAGGCAACACAAACUUCCGUCUUCAGGUGAAAACCUGAAGAUGGAAGCUCGUGUUGCCUUCGAAACGUCGUGAUUUUUAUUGUUUUUAUUAAUUUUAAUUUCAUUUUUUACCUACGUGACUUUACCGAAAUAACUAAGAGUAUGAAUCCUUGCAGUCACGAAAGCUUCAAAUCUAGAACUAUCAAUUAAGCUUUUCCUAAGGUGCUUGAUAGACAUCAAAUCACGCGCGUUAGAAUCGACACAAAAGAUUCCUAAAUAGAUAUUUUUUUACAUUGCGAUGCACGAGCUCUCUAUCAAGGUCUGUCGUGGCGAAGUAGGCAAACAACCUCAAUAACUGACACCGCACGGGGAAGUCAUCCCUGGGUGGAACGGUGAUCACAGCGGUUACAACACCGCACUACGAACCCAGCGGUCCGAGUUCCAAUUACCAGCCUUUGGAGUUCGAUGCCUGGCCACGGCUAAUAUCGGUGGCGAGUGAUCUUGGACGGGGUCCCGAAUGCCACUCCAGUGCUGCAAGAGCUCUCUCCUGCACCGACGUGUCCAUGCCUCAAUUAUAUAUUUUUUUAUUGUUAUAUUUACAUUAGUUUCACGUGAUGCCUACAAUCCACUGGAUAUGUGAAAAAUAGCUUUGUUGCUCAUCGGAUUCCUCCAGUAUAAAAAUAAAUAUUCCGAUUCACUGAAGGCGCUCUAUUUGCUAGUGUUAGAAAAAUAAGGGUUCGCGAUAGUGAAAAGGGGAGAAUAGUUACAUUCCGGAUUUUUUGGGAGUAAACAUUUUAUCGAGUCUGGCUCUGUGAGCCUCGGGCAAAAGGUAUGUGUGAAGGUGCAUCGAUAAAAUUUGUAUUUAUUCUUACGCUCGUGAUGUCGCAUCACGAUUGAGAGAAUUUUCUUAUUUACUAUCCGUACAAAGAAUACGCGAACUCUAUGCUGUUACAUCUAGGGUAAUGGGAAAAACAGAACUAAAUGACAGAUUUAAAAAAAGUCAAAACACAUUUUUGCAUACAGACGUGUUUAUUAUACACCGUCUGUGACCAAAUGACCCAGAAUGCACGCGAUCUUCAUCAUAUUUCAGAUGCCAAGCAGGUUUGAGCCUGGAAAGUGCUUUGGGUUGGUGACCGCCAUGCAUAACAGUUCUUAGAAGCUGUGGAGCCAUUUUGGGCAAUGCAGCAUAAGCUAUUGUCAUUCAGUAAUAUAACCCCAGUUUACGAGGGGGGGGGGGGGGGGGUGCGUUCCUGAAAGGUGCGAAGACAAAUACCGAAACGAUCUAAAUCAAAGCGGUUUACAGGGUAGCGAGAGGCGACGUGUGGGUGUGAGGUUGAGGCGACAAAAAUCGGACGUUGGUAUUCAUAAUGACGACGUAAAGGGUGGGGGGAAAGAUGUACAUCGGGAUAUUAUUGUGCUCUUUCUACGCUCCUUCACCAACACUCCCCACCUUCACUGACCGGCGUGGUGAAGUAUGGUCAAAUAACUCUGCACAACUCACGCGGCUCUCAUGCAGCAUUGGAUUCACAAGUGCUGCUGUACAAGUUGCAAAGUGUUAUUGUUUUUUUACCCUUUUAUCUGGCAACAAAACUGACAGCUUUUAUACAAGGAGUCAUGUUUGCAUAGACCACAAUACCUGCAGUCAUAAUGCACACAAAAAACAUAACUCUGCAUAAUGACUGCAGGUAUUGUGGUCUAUGCAAACAUGACUCCUUGUAAAAAAUGUGUCAGUUUUGUUGCCAGAUAAAAGGGUAAAAAAACAAUUAUCAUAUUUUUUUACUGCCAAAUGAGGUUCCAUUGGUAUAAGUUGCAAAGUGUUGCUGUAAACGCUGUGGCCACAGGCCUGCCGGGUUAGUUCACGCGACUCCCCAAGACAGCUAAAAGGUGCCGUUUUAUUCCGCUUUGUUAAUGUGUAUACCUCAGCAGAUGAGAAUGGCCCAUUGCAGAUUCAACUGUGAACCUCGGCUUAAGUUUAGCUCCUCGAAAUGAACGUAUUAGCGGUACGCUGCGCGGUAUAUGAAAUGAGCGUAAAAAAAAUUGCAAUCAUUAUUUAUUUUUUCACAUCUUCAGGGGUGUGCAUCAAAAUCAGCUCUUGCGAUGUCAAAGUGGUCGGAAGACCACAAACGUUACAAGUGGCUGAACACGAAGAUUCAGUCCGUUGCCGAAUAGCAGCGCCCAAGCUGAUGACGAAUGGCUUGCUCCAUGUUUCAAAGGCAGAUUUGACUUGUGUGCUUGACGUUCUUCAAUUCGACGGACCCAAAUCAACGGGGCAAUAGACCUUUAUUAGUAGACUGAAUAAGCCUUCGAAGUGUCAAUUGAAGACUGAUGAACAGAUUUGCUAAUUCAAAUUUAGAUUUUAGACUGUUUUAUGAGGAUCGGUGCAUUAUGCUGCAUCGGUGUACCGCCAAUACGUUCAAAUAACUGCUCUCAGCUCAAGAUCCAAAUGUGGCCGGCAAGCCUUAGAGAGCAUUGUACACAUGAAACGUGGCGGCAUGGCACGCACGCACGCAAGGCGAUGGAAGUCGUGCCUUACGAUUCUGUUGUUUGUGAGCAUGUAUGUGUAUCUACUUAUUUCCAACCUGCAUGCAUUCUCCUGCGAUGGGUAUUCUCAAGUCCAGAAAGUGUUGGAUUCGAGUUAAAUUCCUGCAAGAGCAGCGCUUUUGCCACCAUUCGUUUUCUGUUCCGAGACAAUUUCAGUGUUUUAUAUUCGUGACAUUUCUUAAAAUUGAGAUUUAUCAUGCA